AUGGCUUUGUCUCUGUGUCCUGUGGAUCGUGCAGACAAAGUGAAUCUUUUCUACUCAUGUUUAGGCCUAGCCCUUUGUUGGUGGAUCGCUUUAAUAAGGAUGGAUCUGUCAGAGCUUGGAGAAGCUGCAGCCUUCCUCAGAAGAAGUGAGGCUGAGCUGCUUCUGCUACAGGCCACGGCCUUGGACGGUAAGAAGAAAUGCUGGAUUCCUGAUGGUGAGAAUGCUUACAUUGAGGCUGAAGUAAAAGGGAGUGAAGAUGAUGGAACAGUAAUUGUUGAGACAACAGAUGGGAAGAGUCUGAGCAUACACGAGGACAAAAUCCAGCAGAUGAAUCCUCCGGAGUUUGAAAUGAUUGAAGACAUGGCAAUGCUGACUCACCUCAAUGAGGCCUCCGUGCUGCAUACCCUGAAGGGGCGCUAUGGCCGGUGGAUGAUCUAUACAUAUUCAGGUCUUUUCUGUGUGACCAUAAACCCAUACAAAUGGCUUCCCGUGUAUCAGAAAGAAGUUGUGGCCGCCUACAAAGGGAAGAGGCGAUCAGAGGCUCCCCCUCACAUCUUUGCUGUCGCUGAUAACGCAUUUCAGGACAUGCUUCACAAUCGAGAAAAUCAGACUAUACUCUUCACAGGAGAAUCUGGUGCUGGAAAGACUGUGAACAGCAAAUGUAUUAUCCAGUAUUUUGUCACCAUAGCUGCCGUGAGUGAACCCAGGAAAAAGUCGGGGCCGUUAGAAGAUCAGAUCAUGCAAGCGAAUCCUAUCUUGGAAGCAUUUGGAAAUGCAAAAACCCUGAGAAAUGACAACUCUUCUCGUUUUGGCAAAUUCAUCAGGAUGCACUUUGGUGCCAGAGGAAUGCUGUCAUCUGUGGACAUUAAUAUCUAUUUGCUUGAAAAGUCCAGGGUGAUUUUCCAGCAGCCUGGAGAGAGGAACUAUCACAUAUUCUAUCAGAUUCUAUCUGGACAAAAAGAGCUCUGUGACAUGCUCCUGGUGUCUGCAGACCCCUCAGACUUUCACUUUUGCUCCUGUGGAGUAGUUGCUGUGGAGAGCCUGGAUGAUGCUGAAGAAUUGCUGGCCACAGAACAAGCCAUGGACAUCUUGGGCUUUCUUCCUGAUGAGAAGUAUGGAUGCUAUAAACUCACUGGGGCCAUCAUGCACUUUGGAAACAUGAAAUUUAAACAGAAACCUGGAGAAGAGCAACUGCAAGCAGAUGGCACAGAAAAUGCUGACAAAGCUGCUUUUCUCAUGGGCAUUAACUCCUCUGAGUUGAUAAAGGGCUUGAUCCAUCCUAGAAUCAAAGUUGGUAAUGAAUAUGUUACCAGAAGUCAAACUAUAGAACAGGUAACCUGUGCUGUGGGUGCCCUGUCCAAGUCACUGUAUGAAAGGAUGUUUAAGUGGCUGGCGGCACGGAUCAACAGGGCCCUGGAUGCCCAGCUGUCAAGGCAGUUCUUCAUUGGCAUUCUUGACAUCACUGGUUUUGAAAUCCUUGAGUAUAAUAGCCUUGAGCAACUUUGCAUUAAUUUUACCAAUGAAAAGUUACAACAGUUCUUCAACCAGCACAUGUUUGUUCUGGAGCAAGAGGAAUAUAGGAAAGAAAGCAUUGAAUGGGUAUCUAUUGACUUUGGUCUGGAUUUGCAAGCUUGCAUAGAUCUCAUUGAGAAGCCGAUGGGCAUCCUUUCCAUCCUUGAAGAAGAGUGUAUGUUUCCUAAGGCUACAGACCUGACUUUCAAGACCAAACUCUUCGACAACCAUUUUGGAAAGUCGGUUCAUCUCCAGAAGCCCAAGCCUGAUAAGAAGAGAUGUGAAGCUCAUUUUGAACUUGUCCAUUACGCAGGCGUGGUACCUUAUAACAUCAGUGGUUGGCUUGAAAAGAACAAAGAUCUCCUUAAUGAAACAGUGGUAGCUGUAUUUCAGAAGUCUUCCAACAGACUCCUGGCGAGGCUUUUUGAAAAUUACAUGAGUACUGACAGUGCUGUACCAUUUGGGGAGAAGAAACGAAAGGAAGGAGCUUCAUUCCAAACGAUUGCAUCUCUGCAUAAAGAAAACCUGAAUAAAUUGAUGACUAAUCUGAAAUCAACAACACCUCAUUUCGUGAGAUGCAUAAAUCCCAAUGUGAACAAAAUGCCAGGUGUACUGGACCCUUACUUGGUUCUGCAGCAGUUGCGCUGUAAUGGCGUCUUGGAAGGGAUUAGGAUAUGCCGUGAAGGUUUUCCAAACCGACUGCCGUAUGCUGAUUUUAAACAAAGGUACUGCAUCCUGAAUCCGAGGACCUUUCCAAAGCGCAAGUUUAUGAGCAGCAGAAAAGCAGCCGAAGAGUUACUUGGCUCCUUGGAGAUAGACCACUCCCAGUACCGAUUUGGAAUCACUAAGGUAUUUUUUAAAGCUGGGUUUCUGGGCCAACUGGAAGCAAUGAGAGAUGAAAGACUGGCUAAAGUCUUCACAUUGUUCCAAGCCAGAGCACAGGGCAAACUGAUGCGAAUCAAAUUCCAGAAGAUUCUAGAAGAAAGGGAUGCACUUACUUUGAUCCAGUGGAACAUAAGAGCUUUCAUGGCUGUGAAGAACUGGCCCUGGAUGAGGCUAUUCUUCAAGAUCAAGCCUCUUAUUAAAUCUUCAGAAGUAGGAGAAGAAAUAACUAGACUGAAGGAAGAGUCUGCACAAUUGCAGAAAGCCUUGGAGAAAUCAGAGUUUCAGAAGGAGGAACUGAAAGCAAAGCAAGUCUCCCUCACUCAGGAAAAAAAUGACCUGAUUCUUCAGCUUCAGGCUGAGCAGGAGACACGGGCAAAUGUUGAAGAGCAGUGCGAGUCGCUGAUUAAAUCCAAGAUCCAGCUGGAGGCCAGAGUAAAGGAGCUGUCGGAGAGGGUGGAGGAAGAAGAGGAGAUAAAUUCUGAGCUGACUGCCAGGGGGCGGAAACUUGAAGAUGAAUGCUCUGAGUUGAAGAAAGAAAUCGAUGACCUGGAAACAAUAUUGGCGAAGUCAGAGAAGGAGAAGCGUGCUACAGAGCACAAGGUCAAGAACCUGACUGAGGAAGUAGAGUUUCUAAAUGAGGAUAUCAGCAAACUUAACAGAGCAGCCAAGGUUGUGCAGGAGGCCCAUCAGCAGACUCUGGAUGACCUGCACGUGGAGGAGGAGAAGCUCAGCAGCCUGAGCAAAGCGAAUCUGAAGCUGGAACAGCAAGUUGAUGAGCUUGAGGGUGCCCUGGAGCAGGAGAGAAAAGCAAGAAUGAACUGUGAAAGGGAGCUGCAUAAACUGGAGGGCGAUUUAAAGCUGAACCAGGAAAGUCUGGAGAACCUGGAGAGCAGCCAGCGACACCUGGCAGAAGAGCUGAGGAAAAAAGAAUUAGAAGUGAGUCAGAUGCAUUCAAAAGCGGAGAAUGAGAAAGGCCUGGUAGCUCAGCUUCAGAAGAUGGUUAAAGAGCUUCAGACUCAAAUAAAGGAUUUGAAAGAGAAACUAGAAGCUGAAAGGACCACUCGAGCCAAGAUGGAAAGGGAGAGAGCUGACCUCACCCAAGACCUGGCCGACUUGAAUGAGAGGCUGGAGGAGGUAGGAGGAGCCAGUCUGGCUCAGCUGGAAAUAACUAAGAAACAAGAAACAAAAUUCCAGAGGCUUCGCCGAGACAUGGAAGAGGCCACGCUGCACUUUGAGGCAACUUCUGCAUCUUUGAAGAAGAGACAUGCAGACAACCUGGCUGAGCUCGAGGGCCAGGUAGAAAAUCUACAGCAGGUGAAGCAGAAACUGGAAAAAGACAAGAGUGACUUGCAGCUAGAAGUAGAUGACCUCCUGACCCGUGUUGAGCAGAUGACAAGAGCUAAGGCAAAUGCUGAGAAACUCUGUACUGUGUAUGAAGAGCGCUUGAAUGAAGCAAAUGCAAAGCUAGAUAAGGUGACUCAGUUGGCAAAUGACCUGACAGCACAAAAGACAAAGCUGUGGAGUGAGAGUGGCGAGUUUCUACGGAGGCUUGAAGAGAAGGAGGCUCUGGUAAACCAGCUUUCCAGGGAAAAGAGCAACUUCACUCAGCAGAUUGAAGAACUGAGAGGGCAGCUGGAAAAGGAGACCAAAUCCCAGAGUGCCCUGGCUCAAACCCUGCAGAAGGCCCAGCGUGACUGUGACCUUCUACGAGAGCAGUAUGAGGAAGAACAAGAGGUCAAGUCUGAGCUGCACCGGACCUUAUCCAAAGUCAAUGCCGAAAUGGUGCAGUGGAGAAUGAAGUAUGAAAGCAAUGUCAUCCAGAGAACAGAAGACUUGGAGGAUGCCAAGAAGAAACUGGCAAUUAGGUUGCAGGAGGCAGCCGAAGCCAUGGCGGUGGCCAGUGCCAGAAAUGCCUCCUUGGAGAGAACCAGGCACCGGCUGCAGCUGGAGCUCGGGGAUGCCCUGUCUGACCUCGGGAAGGUCCGCUCUGCAGCAGCCAGGCUGGACCAGAAGCAGCUGCAGUCUGGCAAGGCCCUUGCCGACUGGAAGCAGAAGCACGAGGAGUCGCAGGCGUUGCUGGAUGCCUCUCAGAAGGAGAUCCAGGCUCUCAGCACGGAGCUCCUCAAGCUCAAGCACGCCUACGAGGAGAGCAUCGUGGGCCAGGCGACACUCAGGAGGGAGAACAAGACCCUCCAAGAAGAGAUUUCGAAUCUGACAAACCAGGUUAGAGAAAGGACCAAGAACCUAACUGAAAUGGAAAAGGUCAAGAAACUGAUGGAACAAGAGAAGACGGAAGUCCAGGUGACGCUGGAAGAAACAGAGGGAGCCCUGGAACGGAAUGAAAGCAAGAUUCUUCGUUUCCAGCUUGAGCUAUCGGAAGCUAAAGCAGAACUUGAAAGAAAGCUUUCAGAGAAAGAUGAAGAAAUAGAAAAUUUUAGGAGGAAACAGCAGUGUACCAUUGACUACCUGCAGUCUAGUCUGGAUUCUGAAGCUAAGAGCAGAGUUGAGGCAACCCGGAUCAAGAAGAAGAUGGAAGACGACCUCAAUGAGAUGGAACUCCAGCUUAGCUGUGCCAACCGGCAGGUGUCAGAGGCAACCAAAUCCCUGGGCCACCUUCAGAUGCAAAUCAAGGACCUUCAAAUGCAGCUGGAUGACAGCACACAACUGAACGCUGAUCUGAAGGAGCAGGUGGCUAUGGCUGAGCGGCGCAACUCUCUUCUUCAGUCUGAACUAGAGGAACUAAGGUCCUUGCAAGAGCAGACAGAGCGUGGCUGCAGGCUGUCAGAACAAGAGCUCCUGGGCGCGACAGAAAGAAUCAGUCUUUUCUACACCCAGAACACGAGCCUCCUCAGCCAGAAGAAGAAACUGGAGGCUGAUGUUGCCCGGAUGCAGAAAGAAGCCGAACAGAUGGUGCAGGAGUGUCAAAAUGCAGAAGAGAAGGCCAAGAAAGCAGCCAUUGAGGCAGGAAACUUGUCAGAAGAACUGAAGAAGAAGCAAGACACCAUUGCCUACUUGGAAAGGAUGAGAGAAAAUAUGGAGCAGACAAUUACAGACUUACAAAAAAGGCUGGCGGAAGCUGAACAGACGGCCCUGAUGGGGAGUAGAAAGCAAAUUCAGAAACUAGAAUCCAGGGUUCAUGAACUGGAAGGUGAACUGGAGGGUGAAAUCCGUCGCAGUGCAGAGGCCCAGAGGGGAGCCCGCAGACUAGAGCGAUGCAUCAAAGAGCUGACCUAUCAGGCAGAGGAAGACAAGAAGAAUCUGAGCAGGAUGCAAAUUCAGAUGGAUACACUUCAGCUGAAAGUACAAAAUUACAAGCAGCAAGUCGAGAUGGCGGAAGCACAAGCCAAUCAAUACCUAUCCAAGUACAAGAAGCAACAACAUGAGUUGAAUGAAGUGAAGGAAAGGGCAGAGAUGGCAGAAUCUCAAGUCAAUAAACUCAAGAUUAAAGCAAGAGAGUUUGGAAAAAAGGUGUACCUGAAUGUGACCAAGAGAAUUGCCUUCUCAUUUUAUUUCAUUGAGUUGAUCUUCAAUCUGUGA